UCAAUCGUAGAUCAGUAGCGAUGAAUUACUUGUUUCUCUCUUAUUUUUAUAACUAUCUCUAUCAAUAAAAGACUAUAUUCCAACGCUUCAGUGUUUGUUAGCCUUAAAAACGAGAACAGUCACGGUGAUCUAUGCACACUGUUAUUGAAGCCAAAAGUAAUUAUUAGGUGACAUAAGCAAAUAAUGAAAACUUUGUUGGUGCUUUUGUUCUUUGCUGUGUUGGUGAAUGUUACGCAUAGUUUCGUCAACGAUGAAAUUGGCGUGGUUGAUCAAAAUGAAUUGUUUCGAGUAAAUCACGAAAUUAACCCGCGAUCCAAAGCCAUUUGCACUGUACACAAAUCUACUGGAAUUUGGCAAUGCAUUAUGAAUUGCGGAAUCAUUAUCGAUGAAGAUGAUAUACAAAUGCGCCAACAUCGUUUCAAAUCAUGUGUUGUCGCAAGAACUAUGAUAAGGCACAUGGAAAGGAAUCCGUAUAUGGCUAAACAUAUUAAUCUUAAAUUUACGAAAAAUAAAAUGGUUGAUGAAUUCAGAAUGGAAAAUCAGCAAAAUAAAUAAACUAAACAAAUAUUGUGAAUUUAAUAAAUCGAAAUUAUUCAAUGCUAUCAGAAGUUUAAUGGAAAUAUUUAUGAUCUGAAUACUUGACUAACAUUAUUUUUUAUGAUAAACAGAUACGACUUAUUCGCAUUCUUAA